AUUCUCUCGAUUCAACCCCACCCCAUCCACGCCAAUCCGCAUUUCACGGCAGUCCACCUCAUCCUCUCUCAGCUCGCAGGUAGCCAUGCACAGCCGCAACCUGCGACUGUCUCGCAUGCAGCCGCCGAUAUGGCGGCUGUCGACUUACAGACAGCACUGGCAUUCUGGCCACGCGGAGCAGCACUGUCCCGAAAUAUUUCCUGGCGAAGUGGCAGUUCUUCGCUCUUCACCUUGCGUGCACUCCUGGGUUUCCAAGGUCACUCUGACUCACUCGGAGACGACGGCCGUCUCCGAGUAAUACGUUACGCUUUCAACACCUCCUUCAAGCCACUCCUUGUUCACGCGAGACACAACUCAAAAGGGUCAACAGAAGCCUUUCAUUCAGAAGGUUUUGUCAAUUCUAAUCCGUCUUCGCUCAGUCGCUAAAUCUGGUGCUCAGGUAUCUUCAAAUCGUGAGGCUACCUACGAGCGUAGUGCGCUCACGUGAGAUUCUUACGAUUGGGAAAUGACGUCUACUUCAAGUCAUGGAGGAUUUCCUUGCGUGUAGCGGUUCGCCCUAUACCGAGUUCCUUUCUCCGCGUGGCGUGCUCACGACGCUCCGCUGCUCCCGAGGCCUCGACCGCGCGGACUCCGUCGAAGCGGCCUUCGAGAUCCCCUCAGUCACGCUGUCCGCGGUAGAAGCAUCCUCGGUGCAUCUGCAGCUUCAGAAGAACCAAGAAAGAGGCGUUGAGGAACAGUUUAUGCUUGAAUGUUUGGACGACGGCGAGCAGAUGGUGCUGGUUACCAGGAAAACGUCGCAGGUCACGACCGUGGUGAACCUAGGGAUUGACGACGACGGCCCUGAGGGUUUCACGAGCACGUCCAACGUGCUCAACGAGUCUGAUACAAGCACAUCCGUUGCAACCGCAACGGCUUUGAGCACGUCAGGUGCAGGGAGGCGAGAAUCAGCGCGAGAGGAGGAGGUUUUAGCCGACGCAUCAGAAACAAAGUCCCGCGAGAGCAGCUACGGUGCUCGCGGUGGUGGUGAUAGCGCUGAUGGCGAAUCCCAAACGAAGUUACAACCAGAUCCGCGAAGGGACUUACAAUCCGAUUCGCAAGCCUCUUCGGAGGUCACUGAACAGCGUCACUCGCGACAGGACCAGGAGCCUCUCCAGGGUUCAAUCGCAGCCGCCAGAUCUCAAGCAACGGCUGCGAUCUCGUCAUUACGUCCAGCUCUACAGGCCGUGAGGAAGAUAUGGAGGAGCGAAGAGGCCAGUGAGAGAGGAAAUGGAGCUGUGGAGCGAAGAGGGUUCCAUGGUGGGGAGGGUGGCUGGAAUGAUGAGGUUGGAGUUAGGGGAGAUGAGGGGGAUGGAGAUGAGGCGUUGGAGGGAGGCGAUGUGGUUCUGAAGCCCAUGAGUGCAGCCAUGAGUAACACGGUGUACGAAUGCGUGUGGCUGCCUCACAGGCAGAGCAGGAUGAUUGAGAUCGAGAAAGACGAGAAGGAUAAGAAGAAAGAAAACGAGAAGGAGAAGGAUUAUUUAGGCGAGAAGAGGGUGUUGGUGCGGCUGUACGGCCCGGCAGCAUCGAUGCUGCUCAAGAGGGAGCACGAGGAGGCAGUCACCCGAGCCAUGUCGGACCUAGGCUUGGGACCGAAGCUGCUGGCCUCGUUCGGCACUGGCAGGGUGGAGCAGUUUCUCCAAGCCAAGCCGUUGACAGCAACGGACAUGAGGCGGCCAGAGACAUCCCAGCAGAUUGCACAGUGCAUGAGGCGCUUCCAUGCGCUGAAGCUUCCUGGAAGCACACCUGAGGAUAUGGUUUCGUGCCUGUGGUCGCGCCUUCGUCGCUGGCUCUCUCUGGCGCAGCUGCUGCACCCGUGGGGGGUGCACGGGGCCAAUCCUCGGCAGCUGGGGGAGAAGAUUCAAAGGCUGGAGGAAGAAGCCGAGCGAAGAUGGGGGGAGAGAGGAGGGGAGGGAGAGGGAGGGGAGGAGAAGGGGUGUGGGCGGUGGUUGGGGCUGUGUCACAUGGAUGUGCAGCAUGGGAACAUUCUGAGGGAGAACGACACGGGGAGAAUCGUACUCAUUGAAUCCGUCCCUUCCAUAUUCCUAUCCUCAACUUUCCGCACCUUCCGAUCGUACCAUCCCCCCUGGCAGCAUCCCACCCAGGGCUACAAAUAUAGUGCCUUGGGGCAUUGGAGUGGUACAGUGGUUGCGCGCAUGUGGCAUUGGGCAUCACGCACCAAUUGUCUUGUCGCCUUCAUCCUCGCUUCCUAUCAGCUUCCCCUGCCUUCCCAUCCUACCAUCUCGUUUCGAGGUGACUUUUGAGUCGACUCAAAAGUCUCCUCGCUUCCUAUCAGCUUCCCCUGCCUUCCCAUCCUACCAUCUCGUUUCGAGGGGACUUUUGAGUCGACUCAAAAGUCUCCUCGCUUCCUAUCAGCUUCCCCUGCCUUCCCAUCCUACCAUCUCGUUUCGAGGUGACUUUUGAGUCGACUCAAAAGUCUCCUCGCUUCCUAUCAGCUUCCCCUGCCUUCCCAUCCUACCAUCUCGUUUCGCCCCCCCUUCCCACCCUCCCUUUCCCACCAUCCCAGAACUACGAGCACAGUGGCUGACGUACACGUGGCAUUUGACAUCUCCAACCAGUAUUGCCCUAUUUUCUCCUCGAUCCACUCACUUUCCCGCGGCCCACUCACUUUCCGGCGCUCCACUCACUUUCCCGCGGCCCACUCACUUUCCGGCACUCCACUCACUUUCUCACGCUCCACUCACUUUCCCACGCUUCACUCAUUUUCCCACGCUCCACUCACUUUCCGGCGCUCCACUCACUUUCCCACGCUCCACUCACUUUCCUGCGGCCCACUCAUCCUUCCAACCGAUCCUGUUACCUUCUCAGCAUCCCAGGACUACGGCAACAUUGGCUAUGCUCAGCUCACUUGUGUCCGUUGCAUUCUCCAUCCUUUUCUAUUCCGUCAUCCUUUCUACUCCCCCUCGCACAUCCCCAUCGCCACUAUCCCACUAUCCCAGGACUACGAGUACGGUGGCUAUGCCCACGUGGCGUUUGACAUUGCAAACCCCUUGUGCCUUCUGCCAAACCUCCCCCCCCCUCUAUUUAUUUUCAUCCUCCCUUCCUUCCCCCUCCUUCCACUACCCCGCUAUCCCAGGACUACGAGUACAGUGGCUAUGCCCACGUGGCGUUUGACAUGGCCAACCACUUCUGUGAGAUGGCAGCCGACUAUGACAGCCCUCAGCCUCACCUCCUGGACUACAGCAGCUGAGGACGAGCAGCGGUGGUUCAUCGACAGCUAUCUCGCCACCAGGCCUUCCCAUACCUGUCCCAACCUCUGCUUUGAUGCUGAAAGCAGCUCCAGCUACAGUGGUCUCCCCCUUACAAGCAGCCUUGAUGCCAGUGACGCGGAGGGCUUAUGCAAGCUGUGGAUGUGUUUCUUCCAGUAUGCCAUCUGCAUUGGUUCCUCUGGGGCAUCAUUUCGGCGGCAGUCUCAGAUGCUGGUUUUGACUACAUGGCGUAUGCACAACAGCGGCUGCAUGAAUUUUGGAAGUGCAUGGGUCACUUUGAAGCUGUCUUUGCAGCUUUGUUCUGAUGGGCUCCUCAGUAGCAUAGCUGUGUGCAUGUUGACAUUGACGCAUUGUAAUGAUUGGAUGGAUGCCUAGUUGUAUUCGAAGGUAAUACAUUGGUAGAGAGUUCCUUCUUGCUGUUC